AUGAGUCUGCCACUACUGCCAUUAUUCGCCGUAUUUGUAACACUGAUUCUGUUUAGAAGCUGUUGCCCCUCUCCACAAAUAAAUUUAAUUGUGGAACUUAGAACUCGACAUCUCGCAAUACCUGUCCCCUAUCGGCCCGAACAGUCUUACAAACUUGGAGCACCCACAAUGCAACGCAGACAUAAACCAAAAGUAACAACUAAUCUUACAAUAGAUCAUUAUUCCACUGAACCCUCUCUCGACGACCAAAUUCUCGACAAUAAUAUGACUCAACACGGCCGCUCCAUGGGUCGAUCCAUGGGGAAACCUUCCAGAAGACGAAAUCAAGGGAUGGCUAAUUCUACCAAUAAUAAUGGCACAGACGGAAUAUACGCUGAAGAUUAUGGACCCAACGCAAAAAUGCUGGCACAAAUGAGCGUCGGAGGGAAAUAUGUGCGAGAACCGGCUGACACGAACGCUCAGCAUGGGGAUCCAUGCAACCCCACAGAAGCAUUGGAGUGGGACUAUUGUGAGAAGGCCAAGUAUCCAAACAAGGGUCGAAUGGUGUGUGCCACGGCGGACUUGGACGAAAAGCUAGCAGGGACUUGCAUUUGUAAAUAUGCGAAAAUCAGUACCAACACCUGGGUGCAAAUGAACUAUAAUCAAAGCUUAAAUAUAUGUCGAAGUCCAAAUGGUGGUGCUUGUUAUGUCAAGUUUCCCAAUGGGAAGUUUACCGUAGACAACGAACCGCUUUAUCAAAAAAAUAUCACCCUAGCUCAUGACCAAUGCGACGACAAUCAACCAUGGAACUCCACGUCACGUCAACUGCUUUGCUCGAAACCACACCCGAGACGAUUUUCCGCCUAUAAUGCGUACCACUAUUAUUGCCUGAAAAAACCAGACCGCUUACCGGAAGUGAAACACAAUGCUGGAGCUUGAUCGUACAAUUGCAGUAAUUUCUUUGUUAUCACUAAGUUGUAUCCUGGCGGUGUUGAAUAAUGAAAUUUUUGAGGCUGAAAUCCAUGCAAAUGUA